UUGAUCGUAUGACCAUUACCAAAAAGCUCAAGUAUACUGUUAUGAUAACCACCGUAGACAAUAUUUUUAAAUAAAUAGCAGAAUAAAGAGCCCUCACCAUCAUUAGGUGCUCGAGUCAAGGGCCAUUGCAGAGGGACUACCUAGCGCAGACGACAUCUUCAAAAAAGAGUCAAGACCAGUAUCGAAAAGUAAUCGACAGCACAAUUUCAAGAGAUUGUUUGACUGAUUAUGGCGCGCUUGUCUAUUUUGCUUCUUCUGGUUGCGAUAUCUUACGUGCACACCAGCGAAGGCAGUUACAUUGGAGAGAGUUUGUGCGGACUUUGUUCGAAUUUGUGGAGAGGAUGCCAUCAGUGGAUCACUUCAUGUUUCAAGAAAGGAGCUCCCGCUUACACAGCUAAUUAUGACAAGCUGACAUUGGUUUAUGAAUGGGGGCCUUCACUUUGUAAGAAGAGGAACGCAUGUACCAUCCCAAGUACAGCUAAGCAGAUAUGGACAAUACAUGGUCUCUGGCCUUUCAAGAGCAACUUGAGUAAUAUUCCAAAACACUCUUCCACGAGCUCUCCUCCAAUAAACUGUAAUGGAACCUACGACAGGAAUGCUCUCUCUUCUACUAUACGAGCAAAGUUGAACGAGAAAUGGCCGAACAUCGAAACUGGUGGAACCAAUGACUAGUUCUGGGAACAUGAAUAUGAAAAGCACGGCACAUGUGCCAGUGAUUUGAAAAAGUUUAACUCUCAACUCAACUACUUCCGGGGUACCAUGGAUCUCUAUGACAAAUACGAUAUCAAAAAAAUCUUGGCAAAUGGCGUAAAACCCGUAAAGCCCACUACCGCCCACUACUAUCCAUUGUCCUGGAUCACUUCAGCCCUAAAGAAGGGACUUCGCGUCGACCCUAAUGUCUAC